UUUCAUACCUCGCAUUUCCGUUUAGCAUCUUGAAUUUCGUACUGAUGAGGAAUUACUGAUGGACCAGGAUAGAUAGGCAUAUAAAAUGUCACCGCCUUUUCCAUUUCUCGCUAAUAUAAAAGACCAUGUUCUUUUUUCAUGUCAAAUGAAAUCCAUUGCAGCAUAAAAUGUCGAGGGCAAGUUUCCUUGAUUUCCAAUACAACCUCUCACAGAGAAAAUACCUGAGGAAGCCAUCACGUAUGUUCUCUCGGGACAGGCAGAACUCUGGGCUGAAGGGUGCAAUUCUUCAGCCUAACGAUGAUGAGAUGAGGCAGGUGUUUGACAAAUUUGAUUCCAAUAAAGAUGGGAAAAUUUCUCAACAGGAGUACAAAGCCACCAUGAAAGCUCUAGGCAUGGGAAACUUUGUUCAUGAAGUGCCAAGUAUUUUCAGGGUGGUUGAUUUGGAUGGAGAUGGAUUCAUCGACUUCAAAGAAUUUAUGGAGGCUCAGAACAAAGGUGGUGGGAUUAGGACAACGGAUAUACAGAGUGCAUUUCGGGCAUUUGAUAGGAAUGGUGAUGGGAAAAUAAGUGCUGAAGAAGUUAAAGAAAUGCUAGGGAGGCUGGGAGAAAGGUGCAGCAUCGAGGACUGCCGGCGAAUGGUGAGAGCAGUGGACACUGAUGGAGAUGACAUGGUUAACAUGGACGAGUUCAUGACCAUGAUGACACACUCUCUGAGACAUGUUUGAAUGUUUAUUGCUAUCUUGUUUCUUGAUGUUGAAUUUAGGCCACCUGAUAUGAAAGCCUUGUGUGUUGUAUUUUAGAUUUAUGUAUGCUCUCAAUCAAGCUGGAUUUAAAAAUCAGUUGUACAAUGCAACUGUAAUGUUAAAAGGAAAAUGGACAAUGCCAAAACCUCCUCCCCGUCUUUUCUAUUGCUUGUAAUGAAUCAUACUAAUAAUAUAAAGCCCUGUGUUUCAAUUUUUACCUUU